AUGCCCAGCUCGCCACCACCAAAUCGCCUUUGCCAGCUGACCACUGCAAAGUCAUCACAGGACAACUUAACAUACCCAAUUUGCCAUGGGGACAGCUUGCUAUGGACAGCUGGAGAGAGAGAUGGGCAGGCAGGAAGUCUCUUCAGGCUAUAUGCUGUAUUAAUUAUCUGGCUCUCAACAAUGAAUAUGAACGGCUGCUAUCCAAUUGUUGCAUCUAUGAGGAAUAAUCCCCUUUGUAUGAAUUGCCAGCUGCCCAGGAAAUCUGAUUGCCUCCUCCUCCUGCUGAAUGGCUGCCUAGCCAAGAUGGAUGGAUCUGAAGAACUAGCUUUGUUCAGUUCCUUUCUGGAGAAUUCUGAUAUUAAAAGAUCCUUUCGAAAUGGAGUUGGAUCAGGAAUUAAAAAAAUAUCCUUUCGUAGAGCCAAGUCAUAA